CUUCGAAUUUCGCUUGAAAAACAUUUUCGAAGCGGUCCUGAGCUUCGCUGAUUCCGAUGCGGCGGCUUUGGUUGGCUUUCCCCUUGCUGGCUCUUUGGCGGGUGCACUUUCCCCGCGCCUUCACUGAGCUGCGGCUUCGACGUAGAGAUUGCUACGCUGGUGCCUUGCUUUUCAGCCAACAAGCAUCAGCGGAGGAGGGGUCCGACCUCUCCCAGUUCAUUCGCUUUGUCGAGCAGGACCAGAUUGGUUGGCAGAUCAAACUGCCCAAAGAUUGGAUCACAAUUCGCAAGGAGGCGGCGCCCAAAGGCUCUGAAGGUGGCGCCAAGUCGUUGCUCUUUUCGGGUGGACCCACCCAGAAGUCUGAAAUCAAAGUUCUCCGAGCUUCCGUGGGAAGUAGCAAGUCCAAUACUCUGGAUUUCUUCCUGUCCAAAGCGCCCACUAUGACGAAGGAGGAGGCCGCAGAGGCUUUGAGCAAGAGCUAUGAGAAGAAGCCAUCGACCUUCCGCUUCAAACUUCUGAAAUCCAAAGUGGUGGACCGCAGCAGUGGGCGGAUCCUGAGGUAUGGCUUCAGCGUUGCACGCUGUGAAGGCGCACAGGCAGAGAUUGAAGGCCAGCGAGCCUGCGUCAAGCUUCUGCAAUCCUUUUCAUUUCGGUUCACGCAGAGUUUUGAAGCCACGAGCUGUUCCAAGGCAUUGGGAGGUGGCCACAACGGUGACCUCCACCGAUGGCCAUGAGCCGUAUGCUCUUUGGAUUGUGGAAUGCAGUGUGCCUUCUGACAAAGAAAUCGUGGACAGCUUUGGUGUUGGGACCAAGGCCCAGCUUGAUGAGCUCACAUGAGAUGAUGAAGUCGUCUCUGAAGAAAAGGCAAUCCAACUAGCUCAGAGUGACCAUGACAACAGAAGUGGACAAGUAUAGCCGCAUAGCCAAGGGGACACAAGGGACGGAAAGAAGGGG